UCUGUCGGGUUACAGCGAGGCGUGACCCAGUUGACGCGCGCGGGGAGAAAGCGAGGGGAGUGAGAGAGAGCGGACGGAAGGAAGGAAGGAAGGAGCGAAGGCAGGCAGGAGGCAGAUCGGCAUCCAGCCCAUCGCGGCUCACCUCUCCCCACCUCUCCCCGUUUCCUCCGCAGCCCGUGAGCCUGGGGAACCUGCAGCUCAAAGCCGCCGCCAGCCACAGCACCAUGUACCCCGGGAAUAAGCGGAAAAAGAUCUGGAGGGAAGAGAAAGAACGUUUGUUGAAGAUGACAUUGGAGGAACGACGUAAAGAAUAUUUACGAGAUUAUGUUCCUCUGAAAGAUAUCCCAACAUGGAUGGAGGAAAUGAAAAGCAAGACCCAAAGUGAUGAAGAAAACACACAGGAAGCUUUGCCCGUGCAGAAAUGUCUGAGCGAGAAAGUCUCCCUCUACAGAGGUGAUAUCACGGUACUUGAGAUUGAUGCCAUAGUUAAUGCUGCUAAUUCAAGUCUCCUUGGAGGCGGAGGUGUUGAUGGCUGUAUACAUAGAGCAGCUGGGCCCUGCCUGGUUGCUGAAUGUCGCAACCUAAGUGGCUGUGAAACUGGGCAAGCCAAAAUCACUUGUGGUUAUGACCUGCCUGCCAAAUAUGUCAUUCAUACUGUGGGCCCUAUAGCACGAGGACACAUUACUGAUAGUCAUAAAGAAGAUCUGGCAAAUUGCUACAAGACCUCCCUGAAACUGGCAAAAGAAAACCUCAUCAGAUCUAUUGCAUUCCCCUGUAUUUCAACAGGAAUUUAUGGUUUUCCAAAUGAGCCAGCUGCCACCAUUGCACUUACCACAAUCAAGGAAUGGUUAAGCAAGAAUUAUCAUGAGAUGGAUCGUGUCAUUUUCUGUGUAUUUUUGGAGGUUGACUACAAAAUCUACAAGAAGAAAAUGAACGAAUUCUUCCCCACGGAUGAGGAUAACGAAGAAGAGGCUGAAGUAAACGAGAAUGCAGAGGGAGUGGAGCAGAAAGGCCAGUCUCCAUCACCCGUGAAAUGCAAAGCAAAGCAAUCCGACGACCUGGAAGACGAUAAUGAGGGUGACAGUGACACUGAAGUGAAGCCAAGUACCGAGGAGCUGGAAAAUGAGAAUCAAGAAGAAGAUGAAGCAAAACUGACAGUUACAAACAGCUCAACAGAUGGAGGAGAGAACCUAUGCAAGGAAAAAGAAUCCUCUCAAGAUUCCAAAGCUACGCAAGAGCACAAUCUGAUGCCUCAAACAAUCUGUGAACAAGAUCAAGCUGAUGGACUUGAGGAUGAAUCUAGUGAGGUUGAAAUGAACACUCAGACAGAGUCUCAAUCCAUCAACAUGGAAACAGAAGAUGCUUUGAUAACACCGGAGGAGACAGUGAAGGAGGGAGAAACACAGGCCCCUGAAGUAGAUACAACUAAUCAAGAGAGCAAAGGGGAAGUGAAAGAAGGAGCAGACCAAGGGAAAGGAAAGCAGACUACAGAGGCAGAACAAACUGAAGGUGAUACAGAAAACAUUUCCAGUAAUGAUGUUGAAAUGAAUAGUCAGGUUGAAAACAUAGAUGAACCUAAAGAUUCCCAGACAGAAAAUUAAUCUGUAGAGGACCACGACAAGAGAAGAGAACAGGCUGUGAAACAAGAACUGCAGUCAUUGGUGGAUUGUAUGGCAACCUUCUGACUUAGCAGCUCACAGCACACCUGCGAGCGCAAAAGGGGAUGGGGGAGGGCAGGGGGGUGAAUGGACAAUGACUCUUCUUAACUUAGUUUCUCUUCUCUUUCAUUUUGUUUGGUAAACAAUGCGGAGCUUCUCUGGUUUGGUUGUGGUGUCUUCUCUUUGUUUUUUUGCUUCAUUCCUGGAUUUUCUGUGUCUGCUUUUGGAAACAUAAUCCCGAACCCACCUCCUUGUCAGCCACAUGCUUCUGUAGAAGAUAAACCUUCCUAACUUUGGAUAUCAUUUCUCAGUUAUAUCUCUGCCUCUUUAAGACGACAGGUAUGAAGGACAUUUCAAGCCCACUGCUCCUCAAAGGUCUAGACGUUCUUUCCUUGAUUUUAGAGCUUUUUCAUCUGCAGUUUUGCAAUCUGUUGCUGGUAGAUGUUUAGUGCCCUUUCUCCUCCUGGUACUGCAAGCCUAUCAGUGCCAAGGAAUAGCAGUCUCGACGGGUUAGACGUCUCCUGCUCUCAUUCCAACACUAUUAAGACAUAGGAAUAAAUCGAGAUUGGUACAAAUAGCUUGUUAGAAUUACUUGCACCAAAUAUUAUGCCCCUUUGUGGAAACUGCCCUGAAUAUGCUUUCCUGUGAUUGAAAUCCUACAUGUGAAUUCUUACAUACAUAAUGAAAGAGACUGAAAAAUCACCCCAUGUGGAGACUUUCUGCAUUUGGCAAGAGCCCUACCAGGGUGAUAUGUGGCUUCAUAGGAGUGCUGCCAUGUCAGGGUGUUUUACUUGGGGACCUCCACACAGGGGAUAAGGCAGUGGUUUUCAACCUGGGGUCCCCAGAUGUUUUUGGCCUUCAACUCCCAGAAAUCCUAACAGCUGGUAAACUGGCUGGGGCUUCUGGGAGUUGUAGGCCAAAAACAUCUGGGGAACCCAGGUUGAGAACCACUGGGCUAAGGAUAGUGGAAUUGACUCUCAGACUUGUUUUUUUUUUUUAAGUUGGCCAAUGUGGAUGGCUGAAGCUACCCAUAGGGAAAAUGAAUAUAUAUGCCAUGGAGAAUAUAUCUGUUAGAAUGUAUCACUCAUGGACAACCUAUGAUCAGAAAGAGUAUACCUUCCAUUUCCAAAUACCGAACAACUUGUGGAGUAUUUUUCAUACUCUGUUUAUUCGCAUCCUGGGCACUGGAGGUUUUCAUAUGACAAUCAAUUCCCACAAUUAGCCAGUUCUUUCCUAAUACAGGUUGAGCAUCCCUUAAUCUGAAUUCUGAAGUCCAAAAUAUUCCAAAAUCUAAAAUCAUCCUCAUAGGUGGCAUCUUUGCUUUCCGAUAGUUCAAUAUAUUCAAACUUUAUUUCAUGCACAAAGUUAUCUAAAAUAUUGAAUAACAUUCCCUUCAAGUUAUGUGUAUACAUUGUAUAUGAGACAUAAAUGAACGAAUUUUGUGUUUAGAUUGAUUUAGGUAUCUCCAAGAUAUCUCAUUAUGUAUGUAUAUGCAAAUACAGGCAUUCCAAAUUUUCAAAGUGGAGAAAUUCAAAACAUUUCUGAUCCUAGGCAUUUCAGAAAAGGGAGACUCAUCCUGUGUAUUUGGCAUCAACCCUAUAAUCUGCCCUAAUAUUGAUGCUGAACACUGUGAUAUUGUAUUGUUUGCUAAUAGAUCAGCAGCACCCCUGUUGCAUUCUGAACAUUAUUAAAGCCCCUGUUAUUCUCAGUACCCACUGAGUAAGGCAUUACAGAUUUUCUGCAUCUCAGCACAUUAUAAAAUAUGGUAUGUGGUUUUAACAGUUUCUCCUCAUUCCUUGUUAUAUUUUUCAGCUGCAUAUGCACACUUUAAUACAUACAAAUGCAAUUAACAGUUAUUUGGUGAUGAAUGUUGUACCGUAUGUCAUCUAUUCUGCUGGCAAAUAUUGUAUUCGACUUAAAAACAAGAAUUUAACAUCCAUUUUUCAUACACAUUGUAAAUUAAACUGAUACCCUCCUCCCAAGAUUGAAAGAACACACAGCAUGGGUCCAGAGUUUGAUAUUUUGUAAGCUAUUUUCCAACUGCUGCUAAAAACAAUUAGAGGAAUGUUUUUUGCAUUAUGAAUUUCUGCUUUUAUCUAAUUAUGUAUAUGCACCAUGCUCCACAAUCCCAAAAUAAUAUUUUUUUCUGGCUUGCAAAAGAAAAAUACAGGUGUCUGUGCAUAAAAAGAAGUUAAAAUUUACCAUUCCUGCUCAUUUUAUAAGCUUCCCCCAACAUGAUCGGGAAUAAGGUAAUAAAUAUUGUUACAUUUCCUCAAUUGUAUAUAAAUUCAAAUAUGAUGUGGCACUUGCAGGCAGAUCAAAACACAGAUCUUGUUUUCAAAUGUGAUUUUUAGCUGUGCUGCCCAAUGAACAACAUUCUUGGGUGAACAUUGAGAACACUACUGUGAUGCAACAGUAGUAUUAAUGUAACAUUACUAUGAACUCUGCUUCCAUAUACAUAUAUAUAUAUAAUUUUGCUCAGCAAGAAUGUAUUUCUAUCUUUAGCUUACCCAUGACAUUCCCAAACCUCUUUCCCUCCCCUCACUUCUGUUAGCUAGAAUAGGAAAUAUCUCUUCCUGUUAUAACGUAGGCCUUUUUCACCAACUCUCUUUGUAUUGAUUUGUCAUCCCUGUGAUAAAAGAAGUAGCUAGCUGUGCAUCACAAGGUAUUAUCCCAAUUUUGCAAUAUUAUUCUGCAUGUACAGAAAGCCUUCAGGGCAUGGAUUGAUUCAGUCCAUGUUUGAGAAGGCAGAGGUGUGAGGUAGAAAGAAACGCAAACUCACACCUGAAUGAAUUAUAUGGGGAUGCUCAGAUGACGACCUUUGCCAGCUUGUGGUCUCUGUGUAAUCUCCAUUACAGACAUUCUUUCUGGCUCUGUGGGUCUCAUAUCGAGAUCCUGUAAGCAAAGAUUGAAAACUCAGAAUAAAGAAGUGGAAAGCUAUUAAGCGGUGCAAUCCUAUGCAUAAGUACCCAAGUGUCAGUCAGUGAAUCUUGCUUACCAUCCAAUGGACACAGGAUUACAACUUCUAUCUUGACAGUUCGGUUUUAGCCUUGGUGUGAUGGGGUUUUUUUUUCCACAUAAGAUUGUAAGAUUAUAUGCAUUAUUGACUGGUAGCUAGCUUCAAUAACAAUGAUGGGUGUAUCUGUUCCAGAUUUCAGUUUGAAAUUAGAGCUGAAUCUAUGCUGAAAUAGAGUUCAGCACUUUGGCAGUUCCAUCCAUUGCUGCUGUUUUGGACUUCCACAAACCCCAUCCAACAUGGUCAAUGUUUAGGGAUUCCACAGUCUAUUAUAUCUGAUGGCUCCGAAGUUGAGAAGUAGUGAUCUAAAUAAGAAUAAUACAAUUCACAAGGAAGAGGGUUGAUGAGAGCUGUGUAGGCACAUCUUAAUGCAGAACACAUAGAUUUUGUUAGAAUUUAGAAAAGUGCUGUGUUGAAUAUGUGGGGAUGCAGGGGAGUAAAAUCCAUUCCUCCUUUUGCAAUCACCAUUUAGGAAAUGUGUGGGUCUGUUUGGCAAGUGCACAUGUAGUCCAGUAUUCUGAAUGAGGUUUUGUAGAUUGGAGUCAUUUGUAUAUCAGGUUCUAAAGAUUCCUCUUAAAAGCCGGGAUUGAUAAAGGAAUGCAUCUAGGAAACUGUUUUAUACUGAGUCAUAUCAUGAAUAAGUCUAGAUGAGGGAUAGGAACGCUGCUGCCAGCUGUCCACAUGACAUAGCGGGCUUUGCUCCAACCUCCUCAAUCAGCCAGAAAUGGAGAAUUAUCCCUCCAAAGAUCUUCAAAGAUUGCAGUUAUCCAUUUAAUUGAAAUACCCCCUUACUUUAACAUAUCAAAAUGGCCCCAAACAGUAAAUGUUCCAAGCUGGAUGUGACCAAAAGAUUUUGAAAAAGGGCAGGUGCAACCCAUGAAGUACCUGGGAAAAGAACUAAGUGGUUUAACUCCAGGACCCUUCAUAUUCCCUCCCUAUCCUUUUGUGUGUGUGUGUAUGUGUGAUAUAAUUUUUUAUUGUUUUAUGCGAAAAUAGCAUCCAGUAUACAAAAUACAAAUAUUGUUUCCCCAGACCCACUCACCCUUUCCCCACCCAUGAACCUCCACCCAUUACUUCCGACCCCACUCAGUGUGGAACUAGUAUCUACUAAAACCCUACCCUUAAUGUUACACUAAUAGAUUUUCUGUGUGGCUAUUUCAAAGUCUACUUUUGUCUUCUUUUUUAAGUACCCCAAUGCAAGUCUCCAUUUUCUAACAAAUUCUUCAUUGUUUCCUCCCCAGAUGCCAUUGGAGAGCUUGGCUAUUUGGAUAUACUCUACUAGUUUUCUUUUCCAGUCCUUAAUGAGUAGUUCUUUAUCCCCCUUCCAAGAUUUUGGUAUUGUAAUUCUCGCUGCCACAAAACUAUAUUGGCAAUUUUCUACAUCUUCUUUACCAAUUCUCUCAUGAAACAAACCCAAUAAACACAUUUCUGUGUUUUUCUUAACCUUUUUAGUAAUAAUUCUAUUAGCUUCUUUAGUCACUUUUCCCCAAUUUUUUUCCACGCUACAAGUCCACCAAGCAUGGAAGACACAGGAUUUUCUGCAUUUUGCAUCUCCAACAUUCUCUACGUUGGGUUUUAUCCAUUUUGGCCCUUAAUUCCUGAUCCACCUUAGUGGCUUUCUAGGAUAUCAAAGAUGUGCUUUUCCAACCCCAGGCUUGAUACCUUCUGCAUGCAAAUCAAAACUGGGCUAUAGCCUUUUCAAAAUCCCCAGUCCCAUGAAAAAUGGGGGGAAUAUGAAGCACCCCCGGGAGCCUCCGGUGGCUCAGUGUGUUAAAGUGCUGAGCUGCUGAACUUGCAGACCGAAAGGUCCCAGGUUCAAACCCAGGGAGCGGAGUGAGCGCCCACUGUUAGCUCCAGCUUCUGCCAACCUAGCAGUUCGAAAACAUGCAAAUGUGAGUAGAUCAAUAGGUACCACUCCAGCGGGAAGGUAACGGCGUUCCAUGCAGUCAUGCUGGCCACAUGACCUUGGAGGUGUCUACGGACAACGCCGGCUCUUCAGCUUAGAAAUGGAGAUGAGCACCAACCCCCAGAGUCAGACACGACUGGACUUAACGUCGGGGGAAACCUUUACCUUUACCUUAUGAAGCACCUCUGAAAUCAAUCCUGCUCCUUGCAUUUUGUUUCAGGUGACCCAGUCUGGAGAAUUCCACUCCUCUAGGAUGGUUGGGACACCUCCAUGAAGUAGGCCUUUUUUUUUAGAAAAAGAAAUCAAUUGUUUUCAAUUUCUUUUUAAUAGUGCUGUCAACUUUCUAUAGAUCUAAUUCGUGUUUUGUUCUCUUGGGCUCAUCUAUGUACUGUACAGAAACAUCACUGCGGUUUGGCAUCCAAUUCCCCCAAGCAUUUUUGUGAUUAAGUUUUAUAAAGGAGCGGGGAAAGUGGGGAAGCAGCUAGGCGAGAAAAAAAAGUCAAAAAAUACGCAGAGACAUGAAGAGCUUUUCACACUCCUACUUUCAACAGAGAGAUGUUUGAAAUCAGUUAGUAAUUAACUACCCAAAUGCUCUGAUUACAACACUUUUUCCCACCCACCGCAGUACAGUCCUUGAUAGUAAUUUUAUUGUCAUCUCCACUUAACCUUGGUCCUCCUUAUCACAGGUUCUGAAAGUUUUGCCUCAGGAUGCCAUCAUAAAGUGUGAAGUAAUGAUGAUAGUCUCAGAGACAAAGGUAGAAAAGAUGUAUUAAAUCUCAACAGUCUGCUUUCCUAAACUGGAGUAUAUGGUUUAUGAUUUUCCCACUUGGGACUUGUGUGUGUGUGUGUGUGUGUGUGUGUGUGUGUGUGUGUGUGUGUGUGUGUGUAGAAGGUAAAUAAUGUGUAGGCAAUAAUACAAUUCACAUAUUCUUUUGGCUAGUACUAUAGAAGCUUUGCAGGCACGGUCUAAGGCAAGCCUGAGUAGAUUUUGUUAGAGAAGCACAUGCAUUAGGCGCUAUAGAAGAUUUUAAAAUGUAUAAACUCUUUCAUUAACAUCAGGUUUUAGUAACAUCUAGAAUAUAUAGUCUUCCCCCAAAAUCCUGCCCCUUCCAGCCACCUUCGCAAUGUACGCGGAGAAUAACGUUCCUGUAUUACUUGUGCUUCUAUAUAAAGCAUAUGUUCUCGAUCCAGUUGUCUGAAGGUGUCUUUUAAACAUUCUUACUCUAUACUGCGAGACAAAGACAUUCUAUUCUAGCAAAUGUCAAUCAUGGACAAGUUUCCUUUAAAUCAAAGUACGCAGAGGGAUGUCUGAGACAUUGCUGUCUAUUAGUACUGGACCAUAUAUUAUUCACUGCAGCUAAUUGCGAAUCUCUCUCUAAAGCACUGAAGAGCCUCUUUUAUGAAUUAACACUGUUCUGCUUAUGCACUUGAUUUAAAAAAAUGACAUUUUUCUGUAUGCAGUGCAUGUCUGCUUUGCUUUUAAAAUGACAAAGUUAGCAAAAUAUGUUGGAUAUAUUUUCUUGGGAAAUAGGAUUUUUAUCAUACUUUUCAUCAAGGAUUUGCCUUACCCUGACAUUUGUGAUAUAAAGUCAGAAAAAAUGUAAUUUUUCUUGAUCAAAAAUAUGUUUUUACUUCAAUGCAAAUAAAUGUAGUCUCUUGCUUGCAAAAUAUCUUCUAAAAUGUAAUAAUAGACUGCUAAGUAGGGUUAACACAAGCCUCUUCUUCUGUUAAUCUGACAUUUAAAUGCUGGACUUGCUGAAGAAUCUGUUCUUUUCCUUUUGUCUGUGCCAUACAUAACUAAAAACUCUAACAAAUGAUGCCUUCAUACUAAAAUGUUUGUUAAAAGCAAAAUCAGAAUAAAACUUGUUCUGACAAUGAAA